AUGGAAAGAGAUAGAGCUCAUUGCUCUGUGGCUCACCCACCAUUAUUUAAUGGUGAAUACUACUCUGCUUGGAAACACAAGAUGCGUGCCUUCUUACUUGCCUUAGAUUCUAAGGCUUGGAAAAUGACUACAGAUGGUUGGAAUCCUCCAACCACCAUUAAUCCUUUUGGGGAACGUGAAUUAAAAGAGGAGGAUGUCUGGACUGUUGAAGAAAAGAUUUUAUCAAACUCAAAUAGGAAAGCCUUGAAUGCCUUGUUUGUUGCUGUGAACCCUGAACAAUUUGCCUAUAUUGAAAACUGUGAUACUUCUAGAGAAGCUUGGGAUAUUCUUAGGCUUACUCAUGAAGGAGAUGAGAAAGUUAAAGAAGCUAAGUUAGACAUGGUUAGUGCUGAGUUUGAGAGUCUUAAAAUGCAAGACUCAGAAACCAUUCAAGAAUUCUAUGCAAAGUUUAGUGCCUUAGCUAACUCCUCUCACAACCUAGGUGAAAAAAUCCCAGAAAUAAAAUUGAUAAAGAAAUUCCUUAGAUCCUUGCCUAAUAGGUUCGAUGCUAAGAGAACUGCUUUUUCUGAAAUGAGAGAUCUCACAACUGUUAAACUUCAUCAAGUCAUCGGGUCGUUCAGAACCUAUGAAAUGGAAAUGAAUAUGAACCUCUCUAAGAAAGCCAAAAAUAUUGCUCUCAAGUCUGUCAAAGAGGAAGAAAGUUCUUCCUCUCUAGAUAAUCUUGUUACUGAGGACGAGAUGGCUCUUUUUACCAGACAGCUCAGGAAGUUUCUCAAACUUAGAAAUUCAGGAGGUAAUCAAAAUAAUUUUCAAUUGAACUCUGGUUUUGACAAAAAUAAGAAUGCUGCUCAUUCUGAUUUUAGAGAAAAGAAACCAGGAGGUUCCGUUAAAUGUUAUGAAUGUGGUGGUAUAGGUCAUAUUGCUCAUGAGUGUGCAAACACUCUUAAAAAGCAAAGUCAGUUAAGUGAUAGUGAAGAUGAUUCUAUGAAUGACUCUUAUGACGAUGAAAGUAUUGUUGCUUUUGUUGGUAAAUUAUCCACUAAACCUGAUGAAGAAAGUGAUAAUGAUGUUGAAUUAAUUGAUAGUGAGGAUGAGUUAAUUCAAAAGUAUGAAGAACUUGUGAAAGUUUCUUAUAACAUAAAGAAACAAAGUGUGCAUCUUUCCAGUAAAGUUCUCAUGCUACAACAAGAAAAUGCAGACUUGUCUAACAUUGUGAGUCAACUUAAACAAGAAAAUGAGAAGUUAAAACUUGACUUAGACUUGUCUAGAAAGAGGGAAAUUGAUUUUACCAUUGGUGCUGAAAAAAUAGAUAACAUGAUAAAAAUGGGAAAAUCUUUUGGUGACAAAUAUGGUCUUGGCUUUACUCCUGAAACUGUCAAAAUAAACGAGAAAGUCAAAUUUGUAAAAGCUGUGGAUUCUGUGGAAACUGUGGAUCAAUCUGAAACUUAUAUGGCUCAAUCCGUAUCAGUUAUGGAUCAAUCCGGUGUCAGCAAGUUUCAAUCCAAACAAAUCCAAAAUCCACCCUCUGUUUACAAUUCUAGAACUAAGGGUAAUGCUUCAGGAUCAGGUCUGUCUAAGAAAAAUCACUUCAUCCCAGUUUGUCAUUUUUGUAAUAAAAAGGGACACAUUAGACCUAAUUGCUUCAAACUAAAAGGAAAGAAUGUUUCUCUAAGUUUAGAAAAACAAGUUCAAAAUCUGUUAAGUGAAGUUGCAAUUAUUUCAAACAUGUUAAGAUCUAAUCAAGCAACUAAAGUGCCAACUAAAAAGGUUUGGGUGAGAAAAACUAAUCAAACUUGUCUUAUUGCCUUGAAUGCUUUAUCUGUGAAAAAUUCUAAUGCUCGGUAUUUUGAUAGUGGUUGCUCUAAUCACAUGACUGGUGACAAGAGCUUGUUUCUUAAUUACUCUCCCAUAUCUAGUCUUGGGAGUGUGACCUUUGGUGAUGGUAGCAAGUCAAGUAUACUAGGAAGAGGAACCAUCUUUGCUCCAGGAAUUAAUAAGCUUGAAAAUGUCUUGUAUGUUGAAAAUCUGAAAUCAAAUCUAAUUAGCAUAAGUCAACUUUGUGAUCAAGACACUUGCAAUGUGAGCUUCAGUAAAGGAAGAUGUGUUGUCUCAAACAAAGAAGGAAAUGUUGUCUUGACUGGUCUAAGAUCGAGUGAUAAUUGUUAUUGUGUGGAGACCAAUUUUUUUUCUAAUGAUCUUGCUUGUAAUCUCUCAAGAGACGACUCUAUGGUGUUAUGGCAUCAAAGAUUAGGUCAUGUCAAUCUCAAGAAUAUUGAGAAUCUGUCUAAAAAGGAAAACCAUCUGUCAGUGGUCACCAAGCUAUCUUUUUCUAAAACUAAUGAGCCUAUCACUUCUGAGGUUGUUCACAGUUUUGUGGAACAUAGUCCUACUACUUGGGUUAGAAGGGACCAUCCUAGUGACAUCAUUCUUAACGACCCUACUGCUGGAGUUAAAGCAAGAAAACAAUUUGUUGAGGAAACUGAUUCUGUUCCAUGCUCAAUCAAUGCCUUUUGA